AUGAUGAUGAUAAACUUGUUUUUCUUCUUUUGUAUCACUACAGCUAUUGUUAUAGUGCUAAAAAUUACUAGAAAACAUCGUGAUGUGAAAACCCUUCUGAAAAAGCUACCAAAUUUCCGUGCCGUGCCUUCGUUGCCUCUGCUUGGAAGUGCAUUUCUGUUUCGCGACUCUACGCCUGAUGGGAUCCUGCGUACCCUGACCAAGUUUCACCGUCAGUAUGGCAAAAAUUUACUACUCCAGGAACUUGGCAACGAAUUUAAGCUGCUCACGACCGAUCCACGUGUGAUAGAACAAGUCAUGCAGACACGGAAUGUCAAGAAAACUAGCUUCUAUAAAUUUCUGACACCGUGGCUAGGGCACAGCAGCGUUAUACUGGACGGAUCGCGUUGGAGUACCCGCAGAAAGAUCAUUAACCCAGCGUUCCAUUACAAAAUGUUGAACGAUUUCAUUCUCACCAUGGUUGCUCAGACGGACACGUUGGUAGAGAAACUGCGCAGCCAUGUUGGAGGGCCAGAAUUUGAUGUCCACUUUCCAUUGAGGUAUUGCACGAUGGACGUUAUUAGCGAAACUGCAAUGGGAAUUCAGCUCCAAUGCCAGUCGAAUCCGAAAGUUCAGUUUGUUGAAGCUUCAGAGGCAAUGAUAGACAUCGUUCAUAAAAGAAUCUUUAAUCCGUUUGUAAGUAACAACUUUAUCUACUCCUUGACAAAAGCGGGUAAGCGUCAGAAGGAAAUAGUGAAAGUGCUUAACAACUUCAUGGAUACAGUAAUCCAGGAGCGAAAGCAAAAUGAUAAUGCCGCUCUAGAGUCGAUUGAAGGGAAUCGUUCUAUGAAGAUGACGUUCCUAGAUCUUCUACUUCAGACACGCUACGAUGGUGAACCUUUGCCGGAUGAGGAUAUUCGCGGUGAAGUGAAUACUUUCAUGUUCGCCGGUCACGAGACGAUCACGUCUUGCGUCAGUUUCGCCUUGUAUUAUCUGUCACGUAACCCGACCAUCCAGCAGAAGCUCUACGAUGAAAUAGUGUCCGUUUAUGGAGCUGACGGGAAUGUCCGAUCGGCCACCAUUACGCAUGCGUCUCUGCAGCAGCUCAAGUACAUGGAAAUGGUGAUUAAAGAAACGCUUCGGAUGAAUCCUUCGAUUCCGUUAAUAGGAAGAACUUCAGCAGGCGAUAUGAUUGUUGAUGGUGUGGCUAUUCCGGCCGGAACGGAGGUUAUGAUAAACAUUUACAUCAUGCACAAUGACCCCGAUCAGUAUCCGGAACCCGAUCGUUUCCUGCCAGAACGUUUUGAGAAUGAGGAUGGAAAGACCACCUUCAGUUACCUGCCGUUUAGUGCCGGAAUAAGAAGCUGCAUUGGACAGCGCUAUGCCAUGUUGGAGAUGAAAACGAUCUUGGUGAAGCUGCUGGCAAACUAUCGUCUGAUGCCGUGCAAGCAAGAAAAUGAACUGCAACUUAAGGCCGAUUUAACUUUGAAACCACUGCGAGGAGCUUUCAUUAAAAUACUAGAGAGAUAA